AUGAGCUUCUCGCGGCCCCUGCGGCGCUCCGUGAGCCUGAGCCAAGCCCGGACCCUGCGGCUGGUGGUGCUGGGACAGGGCGCCGUGGGCAAAACAGCUCUAACUGUGAGAUUCAUCACCAAGAGAUUCAUUGGGGAUUAUGACCCUACUCUAGAAAUGAUUUAUAGACACACGGCUGCCAUCGACGGGGAGAUGGUGCACUUUGAGAUUCUCGACACAGCAGGACAGGAGGAAGACUCCUUGCAGAUCGAGGAGAAGAUCAAGUGGGGCGACGGCUUUGCCGUGGUGUACUCUGUGACCGACCGGUGCAGCUUCGACGAGGUCAUGAGGCUGUGCUUCCUCAUCAACCACAUCCACUCGAGCCCCAAGCGGAGCAGUGGGAGUGACCAGCCGCCCGUGGUGAUUGUUGGCAACAAGAAGGACCUGCAGUUUGACCGGAUGGUGUCUUGUGAGGAUGGCGAGAACCUCUCCAAAGCCCUGAAGCAUCCUUUCUACGAGAUCUCCACCAGGGACAGCUACGACGAGACCGUGGUGGUGUUCAACACCCUGUAUAAUGAGCUGAUGAGACAGGGGCACUUCUCCCCGGGCUCCUUCAAGAGGAGGGCCGUGUCUAAGCUGAUGGAAAAGAUUCCAAAGAUGCAUGCCAACUCCACCCUGAACUCUGGUGGCCGGAGCCUCAGCUUCAACUCCUUCAGGGACUACAUACCGGAGUGA